AUGGCAGCCAUUUUAAAGUCGUUUUUGGAUUGGUUAAGAAGUUUAUUCUUCAAGACCGAGCUCGAACUGACGUUAGUUGGUCUCCAAAAUAGCGGCAAGACAACGUUGGUGAAUAUUAUUGCAUCUGGUCAAUUCAAGGAAGAUAUGAUACCUACUGUGGGCUUCAGCAUGCGCAAAGUUACUAAAGGAAACGUUACCAUGAAAUUAUGGGAUAUAGGAGGACAACCACGUUUCCGAACCAUGUGGGAACGUUAUUGUCGUGGAGUAAACGCUAUUGUAUUUGUAAUUGAUUCCGCCGAUCAUGAAAAGCUGGAAACCGCACGAAAUGAAUUACACAGCCUUUUAGAAAAACCACAGCUUGCAAAUAUUCCAGUUUUGGUCUUAGGAAAUAAAAAUGAUUUAUCUGAGGCUUUACCAGUUGACAAAAUUAUUGAAGCAAUGGACUUGAGAUCCAUCGAUAAUCGCGAAGUUUCUUGUUAUUCAAUUUCUGCCAAGAAUCAAGUAAACAUUGAUAUCACUUUGCAGUGGUUGAUCAAGAAAGGCAAAGGUUCAAAAUAA